AUGCCGGACUCCGACGUCACCAGCAGCCCGGCGUCGCCGCCGGGCGGCGCCGUGGAGAAGAGGGGCGGGAAGGGCGGCGGCGGGCGGCGCCCGGCCUACCGCGGCGUGCGGAUGCGGGCGUGGGGGAAGUGGGUGUCGGAGAUCCGCGAGCCGCGCAAGAAGUCCCGCAUCUGGCUGGGCACCUUCCCGACGGCCGAGAUGGCGGCCCGCGCGCACGAUGCCGCCGCGCUGGUCGUCAAGGGCCCCGCCGCGGUGCUCAACUUCCCGGAGAUCGCGGCGUCGCUGCCGCGCCCGGCCUCCGCCGCGCCGCGCGACGUGCAGGCCGCGGCCGCGCGCGCCGCCGCUAUGGACGUGCCCGCCGCCGUCGCGGGCGCGGCCGCCGCGGCAGUGCCACCCGCGGCGCCUCAGGAGCCGCCGCCGUCGCCGCACCAGCAGGUGCCGGACCCGGGACAGGCGCUGGUGGCGGCCGACCCGGACGAGGAGCUCGAGGAGAUCGUGGAGCUGCCAUCGAUCGACGAGGAAGCCCUGGCGGCGGACGACCUGUUCUGGACGACGGCGUCGUUCCACGUCCACCACGACUCGGCCGCCGCCGCCGACCCAUGGUACGAGCCGGCGGCCGCGUGGAUGCACGCCGCCGGCAUUGCGGCGCAAGUCGACGACAUGCCGCUGGUCGUGCCCGGGCUCGCUGCCGACCAGCUCUGGGCGCCGCAGCCGGACGGCAUCGUGCCGUCGGGGUUCGGUGCGCUCCUGUGGAACCUGUAG